AUGCUUGUCAAGACAUCUACCCUCGCCAUGCUGAUGGCUGUGGCCUCAGUUUCGGCAAAGGCCAAACCACAGUCGAUCAAGGUCCAACCAGACUUUGGUUUCUGCGUCCCAACCAUGAAGUUUCAAGGAGGACUCGGAGGACGACCCGCUGACGAAUUCGCCUUCCGCGCUGUCGAUCCUGUCGUUGCGCAGGACUCGAAGUCGGCCAUGAAUCCAAACACUAUCACCGCUCAAAUCUGUGGACAACUCGCUACUUCUUGCGAAGCUAACGACGCCGCUGUGGCGCUCUGCAGAGAUGCUCAAGCCCAAAUUGAGGCACUGGGCACUCGUGACCAGACUACAGCCGAUAACUGGAACGACAUCAUCACCAGUGGCGCCACCCCAGCCGUGACACCCGAGCUCAAGAGACGUGCCGAGAGCCGACCUGAGAGGCGACAGAUCGAGUUCAUCCCUUGCUCCGCUGAUCGAUGGAUCGACGAGUGCACCGGUUGGCCCAGGAAGAGAGAUGAAACCGUCCAAGAGGCAGCACCCGUCAAGAGAGACGAGGGAAUGCAAUACGCACCUGUCAAGAGAGAUACCACCGCCGACAAAGUCACAAAGAGAGCAAUCCCGUUCCGACCUUGCGACGCUGAACGAUGGAUCGACGACUGCACUGGCUGGCCUUAG